AUGAUAGUAGCGGGUGAAUACGUAGACCUUACGCUUGCGACGCUUUUCGGCUUUUCAACGAUGGCAGCUGCCGGUAUCGGAAAUCUAAUAUCUGACCUAUGCGGCUUGGGACUCGUGGGCUAUGUGGAGCGUUACGCAAGGCUUUUUGGUGUGAAGGCCCCUUCCCUGACUGAGUCUCAAAUGAAUUCCAAAUCCGUGCGACGAUGCUCUAAUUUGGGCCGGAUGUUUGGCAUAACCGUGGGUUGCUUGGUUGGAAUGCUUCCUCUCUUGUUAUUCCCUUAUGAAGAGGACGAAAAGGCGAGGACUAAGGAAGAAGAAGGACGAAAAGAAGAGUCCACCAAGUAA